CUUACUGAUUUUUGCAUCUAAAGUGACUCAGUCCUUCAUUCACUCUCUGAAUUCUUCACUGACUAACCCAACAACGCCUCUGCGCCCUCACUGAGAUCGUGCCCUUCAUCAAUCCCAAGCUGUCCCGCCGUCUCCUGUAUCGCUUCAACGUCAUGUUCCUUUAACAUUGUUGAAGUGCAUCUUAAUUCCUUAACUGGAGCUCAGCCCUAAUUUAGAAGAAUCCUACAAGAUUUGGGAAAUGGCUGCUGCACAAGGGUUGGUACUGUCACGUCCUGUUACUUUUGUAACUGCCAAUGCCAAAAAGCUUGAAGAAGUUCGUGCCAUCUUGGGCAAUUCCAUUCCUUUUCAGUCCCUCAAACUUGACUUGCCAGAGUUGCAAGGAGAACCUGAAGAUAUCUCCAAAGAGAAGGCUCGAAUUGCUGCUCUUCAGGUGAAUGGACCUGUGUUGGUUGAAGACACUUGCCUCUGUUUCAAUGCCUUGAAGGGUCUUCCAGGGCCUUACAUCAAAUGGUUUCUGCAGAAGCUUGGUCAUGAAGGUCUCAACAAUUUGCUGAUGGCAUAUGAUGAUAAAUCAGCGUAUGCCUUAUGUGUAUUUUCCUUUGCUGCUGGUCCAGACAGUGAACCUAUCACAUUUUCUGGAAAAACUCCGGGAAAGAUUGUUCCUCCAAGAGGGCCUAAUGAUUUUGGAUGGGAUCCUAUUUUUGAACCUGAUGGCUAUGACCAAACGUAUGCUCAGAUGCCCAAAGAAGAAAAGAACAAAAUUUCCCACCGCUCCAAAUCUCUUGCAUUGGUGAAAUCUCAUUUUGCUGAAGCUAGAUUUACUUUUGACGUCAAGAACUUCUGAAAGCUGAACGUGGUAGGUUAUAGGCUACAAGCUCUUUAUUAAAAGUCCCUUGAAAUUAAACGGAAAUUGUUUCUAGCAGUAACAAUGUGGAAAUUACUUUGAACUUAAAUACUGCUUUUGUUUACAACUUCUCCAGCAAAAGAACAAAAACCAAACUUAGAAAAAUAUACCAAAGAAAAACUAAUCUUAAAGAUGUUUUGGUUUGAACAAAAAUUGCUACGAGACUAAAAAAUAGAGCUUAAUCGAUAUACAUUGUUGGUGUAAAGUCUUUUGCACUGUCAAUUGAUCACGAGAUUUAAUUUUUUUUUCC